CCCAACCCUGCUACGAAAGCGGUAGAGUAAAUUAAAAAAUGGGUGAAAACAUUACAAUUUGUCAAAUAAGGAUGUAACAUUUACGUCAAAUGGCGGAAAAAACGGUAUUGGCAAUCGAGACGUAAAAUAACUAUUUAAGUAGUCUUGAAAUUGAAGAAGUAUUAAAAAUGUUGUGUUGGCCGGGGAAAUUAAGCAUAAUCUGCUUCACAACAUCAGUUCUGCUAGCUACGUUUUCGGAGCUUCUUUUUAGGCUAGAAUUUGAUGAUUUCUUCGAAUACGUGUGGAAUGUUGUCAUAUUCCAUGCGGUAUUUUAUGGUCUCUUAAAUGUGAUUCUAGUCGCAGUAUGCAGAGAAUUUUUAUAUCAAGUUGCCGUGAGAGCUGCAUUUCUGGGCUAUGCAUUUGGUGUCGGCAUUUUGAUUUAUUUAACCGCUCCUUUAUCAUGGAAAAUAUUUGGUAUAUAUGUAUCUGUAUUGGCGACUUUUCAUUAUACCGAGUUCUUGAGCAUCGCGUGGACUAAUCCAGGCAGUUUGUCCACCGAUAGUUUCGUGAUAAAUCACAGCGUCGCCUACGGGAUCGCCGCCUGCUCAAGUUGGGCUGAAUUCUUUGUGGAGAGAUACUUUUUGCCCGAAAUGAAAGAGCCUUACUUUUGCUCUUAUUUGGGAUUAAUAAUGUGUAUAUCUGGAGAGGUACUUAGGAAACUUGCCAUGUUCACUGCUCAGCAUAAUUUCAAUCAUCUUGUGCAGUAUAAGAAAGUGGAAGAACACAAAUUGGUUACCCAUGGUGUUUAUAGUCUCUGCAGGCAUCCGAGUUACGUAGGAUGGUUUUACUGGUCCAUUGGAACUCAGUUGAUUUUACAGAAUCCAAUUUGUCUAGUGGCUUAUGCUGUGACAUCGUGGAGGUUUUUUUAUACUAGGGUUUUAAUUGAAGAGGAGAUAUUGAUUAUUUUCUUCGAAACAGAGUACACAGAAUACCAGAAAAGAGUCGGGACCGGCUUACCAUUUAUGAUUGGAUACAGAGUUGAUUUGUAGCAGGUUACAAUGGUUUAAGAAUAUCUCAAUUAAUAUUUUGAUGAUGUCGUGUCGAGUGAAGCAAUCAAGUUUACUGUGUGUCAAUGCAAGGAGAGUUUUGUCUCUCGUUAAUGCUGCACCUGGUUACUAACCAUUCACGAGUCGUGUAAAAAAUAGUUAUGUUUAACUAAACUAACUUUAAAGUGAAGUGCAGGCAUUUUUUGUAACAUUUUUAUUACUACGAUGAUAUUAGGUGCAACACGUGCUUAUGUUAAAUCAUGGCCCAGAAAACACUCAGUCAAUAAAAAUGUAAAACUUGAAUUGCGGUUUCACUUCAAUUCUCAUUUUUUUUUUCUGGGCUAUGAUUUGGUCAACUUUCUAACGACAAGACUGAACUUUAUGAAUUAGGCUGAUAAUUAAUUAUUAGUCUUAAUCAAACCCAUA